AUGAUCGAGAUCGCUGUAAAUACAGAGAGUGCCGCAGCGGAAUCAUCACUCAAGGAAGGCAAGCGAGACGGUGAAUCGAAAGUAGAGGAGGGCUCCGCACCCUGGUUACAACGCUUAGUAACAGAUGAAAGGAAUCUGAAGAUCUUAGCUAUCGUCGCAUUUGUGCUUCUGAUGCACAUUUGGGCAGUUCUUGCGUCAAUCCAUGAUUUCGAGAAAGCCCAGAGUUUUUUGGCUCUCAUCGGAGCAUGCUGGAUCGUGGCUCUUUCUCGGCUGCUUGCUUCUCACAUGGAUCCGUUGGUGAGGAAAAGCACUAUUCUGACUAGUCGGCUCCAUGUCAAGGAAGCUAAGGAAUCCCGUUGGACACCGGUGUGA